GGGCCGGAUGCGGCUCGCAGAGUGGGCGGAGGAGGCCCAGGCGCUGAGAUCACCGGGAGUAUAAAAACAAGCGCGCUGGGCGCGGCCCCGCUCAGUCGGGGUGGACGUCUUGAGGAAGGGAUACCGGGAAGGAUACGCUUCUACAGCAAAACAAACAAACUCAAAUUAAGAACAGGGGGUGCGCCACUUUCGCCAUUAAAGGAGAAAGUGCCGGGGUUCCCUCUCGGCCCGUAGAGCCCCGAAGAAGUCUAAAAGGCUCGAACCGCGGGAAAGCCGGCUCCGCCAUCAUGGAAGUGCAGAAGGAAGCGCAGCGUAUUAUGACCAUGUCGGUGUGGAAAAUGUAUCAUUCGCGUAUGCAGCGCGGCGGUCUCCGGCUACACCGCAGCCUGCAGUUGUCCCUUGUUAUGCGGAACGCCCGGGACCUCUACCUCUCCGCCAAGCUCGAGGAAGAGGAUGAGAUGGCGGGAGGGAUGGCCGAGGAUUUUGCCGGGGGGCUGGACAUGCAAGGGGAGGCGCCCGCCCCUCGACAUCUGGAGGAGCCUCCGGCAACCCCCUUUCCCCAAGUCCAGAAGGAGGGGCCUCUUCCUAUCCCGCAGUCUUUAGAGGCACAGCCGCCGCCGCCGCCGCCCUGUGCCAAUCUCGAUCCAGAACCUAUGGAGACCCAGGAGGAGCCCAACAGCGGCUCGCCCGCGCCUCCCUCAUCUCCGACUGCGUGGAGCCAAGGUGCCUCUGGGCCUCAACCGGGCGCCGCUAAACCUAGCCGCAAGCGCCGCAGUAGCAGCCUAGGCAAGAUCGGGGCCGCCGAAGCCGGCCUGGUGCCCAGCAAAAAGGCGAAGCUUGUGGAAGAGGAAGGCGAGCGGCAGCCGCAGCGCCAAGAGGGGCCUUUCCCGAGCUUAGCCAGAGUCCUACAGGACCGAUUCUCCGGCUUGAUCCUCCAGCCUCCUCCAGCUAAAGGCGCCGACGAGCCCAAAGCGAGCUGCAGGCAAGGGGACGGCGUGCUAAGCAUAAUGGUGAGAGCCGUGGUGGCCUUCUAAAGCGCCCCCGCCAGGGACUCGUAGCUGGAAACUUCUCUCUCUGGAGAAGCGGAGCCUGCCGAAGCCUCUCUCUGUAGAGGAGCUGAACACCGCCUCCAACUCCCGCCGUCGGCCCCCUCUCCUUGGUGGCGGGGUCUUGGCGGUUAGGAAGACGCACAGCGGGAGGCUGGUGAUGGACUGGGGGCGGGCGGGGGGAGCGCUAGUGGGUCCCUCCUCCCUUUUCUCCCCCUCCGGGUUUAGGCGAGAGACGCUGUGGUGGCUUGGGAAGAAGACGAGACAAAAGGCUGUGAGAAACGCAGCGACUGUUAACGAAGGACGCCCCAGCUCGGCCUGUGAGCCUGGGACGCGGCUGUUGUGCGCCAUACGAAAGACUGGUUGCGCCAACGAGAGCGUCGGUGUUAUGGGACACGAUAAAAUUACUUUGGGGGGUGGGAGCAACCUCUAGGAAAAGGGGGGAGACUCGCAGCAUUUGGGUCUUUUAAAUCCGGAUUCGGGUGGAAAGCAACCACGAUCUGUACUGGGUGCACUUUUUUUGGUGCUAGUCAAUAACAAUGACGUGUUCAUCCUGCCUUUCCUUGACGAGUUAUUGCCAGUUCUGGGUUGAUACUUACGCCUCUUCUCCCCACCUCCUCCUUUUCUUCUUUCUGAAUGGGGCUAGAAGGGACUUAAGGUUUGUUAGGCAGGGCCCCUUAAGGGGUAAAAAGAGUCAUGCUGAGAACUGUUGAAGAAAAGCAGCUUUUGUCAGUCCCGCUUGGGGGGGGGAGAAUCUACCCAACAUUCUUUUCCUCAGGGCCAUCCGUUUCUUCUUACCUAGUAAUUAAGAAUGAUGAAGUGGCCUGUUUCUUUGUGCCAGAGAAGAUCUCAAAACCAGAUUAGUCUUGCCAAUGUGUGUAUGGUGAGCAGGAAUAGACAUGGGGGAGGGGAAAACCCAACCAGUCAUACUAGUUAUGACACAUCUCUCAUAUGACUCGCAUUUGCAUUACACUGGGUCCAAGAGUGCAGGGGAUUUCCUGCUCAUGUUGCCUUAGUUGUGUUUGUUGGUUUUUGUUUUUCUAAGGUGUGUGUGUGUGGAACCCUGAAUGACUGUAGGGGAGGAAGACAAGUGGUUUUUCCCUUUAAGAUAUAAUCUUAAAGGCUUGCUGGUGGUUUUCCUAGAUGACGGCAGCUGUUUAUAUAUUGAACGGUAAUGAGGGAUACCAUUUUAUGUCCACAAACAUUUUUUUCUUCUUUCCAUUCCUUAUGUAGCUUGGAUAUUUUUCACCCAAGAAAGGGGAAUGUGGGCAAUAAAACCAGUCUUCUGCUUGUCCAUAUGGGUGUGUUCUGCUGUGUGUUUUGGGUCUAAAAACAAAACAGUAAAUCAAGUCAUUCUCGGGGAUUUCAGGACACUGUUUUUGCCUUUGUUCAUGAACUUUUCUUCCACUCUGUCUCUAAAUGUAUGAAGCAGUUGCUAUUUACCUGGAUUUAUCUAUUGUUUCAUCUCAAAUGCUUCAUAAGUGUUUGUUUGAUACAAGCUCUAGCUUUAGGGUUGGGAGCAGAUGUGUAAGAAUGUAUUCUAAAAUGGCAGUAGGUUGGUCACUGUCAAGGUACUUUGUAAUGCUAACUGUAUGUAAUUUGCAUUUAUCUUGUGUUUGCCUCAAAGGGCAAAAUACAAGCUCACUUGGUUUUAUCUUCAUGGUGUUAAUAUUUUUGGUCGUUGAAAUAAAGACCAUUUGUUUUUUUA